AAUUAACAUGGCGUCUCUCAUCAGAGAUAAAUGAAAAGGUGAAGCGUGAAGAAUUCUUCUCAAAGUUACAUGAUAGUUGUUUGAUGUUAAAUUAUUCGACUGGAAAAUGAAAAUUUAAUCAAGACACACUUCGAUAGUAUAACGUCAAGAAGAUCGGGACAUUUUUAUAAAAAGGAAAAAGAGGAAUUGAAUAUUAAUUCAUUCAAGUUGAAUAGCAUUUCCUAUUAUUUAUUAUGCAUUGUAGUGCAUAAACACAGAAACGUACAAAUGAUUUGCUUGUACAAAAUAGAGAAGUCUAAUUAUAUUUGAAAUGCUCUUUGGAUGAACAUUAAAAUACUUGUACAACAUGUCCUUGUAUGAUGAUUUUGAUAAGCAUCGAACCUCUGAAAAAGUUGCAGGAUGGUCUUCUGGUAUUAAAUUAUUACAAUCUCAGUUACAACUAAAAAAAGCUGCCACAACACAGCCAAAACGUGAACAGUAUAGAAAGGCUUCUGCGGUACUAGCACCUGUAAUAGAUUUAAAAUCAAAAACUAAUCGUGACUUAGACAGAGAAGAUGAUGUUACCCAUAAUAAUCCACUAUCAACUAGUAGUGUAAGUGGGAUAGGAGUUGGUAGUGAAUUUGACUGGAAUGUCGUGAAUGAAUAUGAUCCUAUAUGGCCCAAUGAAUAUGAGAAAGUUGUGAAAGAACUACGUGAUAUGAGAGACAGGGAACAUGAUCAGGAGACGGAAAUGCGUAAACGUAGGAGAGAUAAUACACGUUUUGAGGAUAAUCAGGCUUCUGGAAGUAACAGCACCAUGAUACCUCCUGAAAGGGAUGAGGAAAGAACACCUUCCUCACGAGGUAUGAUUGGAGGUGCUGCUAUUGCUCCACCACCUUCUCUGCAAGAAUCUUCAGAAUUACCACCCCCCUCGCCACGAUCGCAGCAAUCUAGUCUGGGCUAUGCCACAUCAUCUGUGGCUGCAAAGAUAAUGGCCAAGUAUGGCUUCAAGGAGGGACAGGGUCUCGGAAAAAAAGAGCAAGGCAUGUCGGUAGCGUUACAAGUAGAGAAGACGAGUAAACGUGGUGGUAGAAUAGUUGGAGAAAGGGAGCAGCUCAUGCCACCACCACCACCUCUUACAGCUUCACCGCCACAAACACAACAACCACUUGUGCAACAGCAACCUGCAGAAGAGCCUAGCAUUACUGAGAUAAUGAAGUGUCCUAGUAAGGUCGUACUUCUACGAAAUAUGGUCGGUCCUGGAGAGGUGGAUGACGAUCUUGAACCAGAAGUGAAAGAUGAAUGCAACACGAAAUACGGUGAUGUUGCACGUGUCAUUAUUCACGAAGUAAUGGAAGCAGCUGCAGAAGAAGCUGUUCGAAUUUUUGUGGAGUUUAAAAGAAUAGAGAGCGCUAUUAAAGCCGUAGUAGAUUUAAAUGGACGCUUUUUCGGUGGCAGACAAGUUAAAGCGGGAUUUUAUUCCAGUGAAAAACUUGAUAAUCUACAAUUAAUGGACUAGAAAUGAGCUAUGUGAAAGACUUUUUCAUACAUUAGUUUAACAUCUUCCUUCAUAGAUAAUAUAUUUUUUAAACAAAGUGUAAACAGCGAAUGGAACACUUUACACAUUGUUUAAAUAUUCAAAAGCCUUGUUCUCCAUUGAUUGUAUAUUUUUACAUUUAUGCAAUGUUAUUUACAUUAUAUGGCGCUCAAU